AUGAGUGCAAACUCAAGAAGGAUAAAAUUUGUUUCUAUAUCACUACCAGUCCUAUAUGGAAAUCAUGCUUAUAAACUAACACCAGAAAAGAGAAAACCAAAUACUCCACCAGAUCAUACUCAUGAAUGGACCGUUUUCUUUAAACCAGUGUUAGGAGAAAUAGAUUUAACUCCACUUAUAAAGAAAGUCACUUUUAAAUUACAUGAAACUUAUGAGAACCCUAUCAGAUCAAUAGAACAUCCACCAUAUCAAGUUACAGAAACAGGAUGGGGAGAAUUUGAAAUUAUAAUAAAAUUACAUUUUCAUCCAGGUGUAGAUUUAGGUAUAAAUGAAAAAAAUUUUCAAAUUUUUCAUCCAUUGAAAUUACAUCCUUAUAAUCCUCAACAUCCAAAAAGAGAAAAUGGAGAAGUUCAUUCCAUUUUAUAUGAUGAAUUAGUAUUUAAUGAACCAACUGAUAAAGUAUUUGAAAUAUUAACUAGAAAACCUGGAAAUUUGAUACCUUAUAAGUUAACAAACCCAGACAAGAGAGAUCAAGAAUAUUUACGACCCGAUGAAAAUGAUGAAUUAAAUAGAAUGGAUAUUUAUAUCGAAAAAGUUAAAAAGGAAAUUGAAAAUCAAGCUGUAGAAUAUAAAAAACUAGAACAAGAAAAAUUAGCACUAGAGAAUAAUUCUUGA